UUAAGUCUUCAUUGUGAAUACUGAAUGAACAGAUGACUGAGCAGAGUUCACCAGCUUGAGAAGCAAGCUGGGCCAAAGUCUUGUUGGAUUAUGAGUAGUUCUAACCAGAGAAACUUGUUGGAUGGAAGAACUAUGGAAAAAGUAAUUGAUCAGCAUGGUGUUUUAGAGUCUGGACAGAUAAUGUCAGGAGCAACAAGUAGAUCAGAAGAUGAAGAAUCUUUGGGUGGUCAGAAACGACCUGCCACACAGACCUUUGGCCUAGUGCCCAAACGCAGGAGUUCCUCUAGAUUUAUCAAGCGCAAAAAAUUUGAUGAUGAAUUGGUUGAGAGUAGUCUUGCCAAAUCCUCUACAAGGGUGAAGGGUCCCACUUUGAUGGAGCCAGGGAGACAUUCUGGUAGUGAACCAUCUUCCAGUGAAAAGAAGAAGCUGGCUAAAUAUCCAAUGUUAAGUUGUCCAAUCUUGCCUUCGGCUAUUCCAUCCCCUAGGUUGAGUCAGAGGGGUCCCCCAAGUCGUCCUCCGAUACAGGUGACACUGGAUGGAGGUAGGUGGAGAUUCAACCUAGAUCUGUCAAUGCUGAACACUUACCUGAAGACAAAUGAUCUCACAGCAGUCCAUUUGGGUGUAAAGUUUAGCUGUCGCUUUACAUUGAGGGAGAUUCAGGAGCGAUGGUAUGCACUCCUUUAUGAUCCUGUAAUAUCGAAACUAGCGUGCCAGGCUAUGAGACAGCUUCACCCAGAGGCUGUUGCUGCCAUGCAGAGUAGAGCUUUGUUCAGUAAAACAGAAGAACAGCAGCUGAGCAAAAUUGGAUCGACCAGUCAGCCUAAUUUGGAGACAUUCCAGGAGUUGCUGCAUAAACAUCCAGAUGUUUUUUAUCCAUCAAGAACGGCUAAAUCACUGCAGGUUCACUGGCAACUUAUGAAGCAGUACUAUCUUUUAGAGGACCAGACUGUGCAACCACUUCCUAAGGGUGACCAAGUUCUCAAUUUUUCAGAUGCAGAAGACCUUAUAGAUGACUGCAAACUGAAAGACAGCCGAGAUGAAGUACUAGAACAUGAGCUGACUGUAGCAGACCGUCGCCAAAAACGAGAAAUUCGCCAAUUGGAACAAGAGCUUCCACGAUGGCAGGUUUUAGUGGAUAGUAUCACCGGUAUCAGCUCUCCUGACUUCGAUAACCAAACUUUGGCUGUUCUUCGUGGGAGGAUGGUCCGCUACUUGAUGCGAUCUAGAGAGAUUACACUGGGAAGGGCAACAAAAGAUAACCAGAUUGAUGUUGACCUGUCACUGGAGGGACCCGCAUGGAAGAUCUCAAGGAAGCAAGGUGUUAUUAAACUAAAGAACAAUGGAGACUUCUUCAUUGCCAAUGAGGGCCGAAGACCAUUUUACAUAGAUGGAAGGCCAGUGUUGAAUGGGAACAAGUGGAAACUUAACAACAAUUCAGUAGUGGAGAUUGCUGGACUUCGUUUUGUGUUCCUAAUCAACCAAGACCUAAUUACACUGAUCAAAACAGAAGCUGCCAAGAUGAGCCAACAGUGACAUUUUUCCAGCAGGGUGCUACCGUUGUAAUAGGAACUGCUUAGGAGGAGGCAGUAGCUAUUGUCCCAACUCUUGCAGACUGUUACUUUGCGACAGUAUGUUUAGUCUUUCAGAGAAGACCAGGGGAGCUCUUAAUCACUGGUUCUCAUUCCACUUCCAUAAAGGGAGUCCUUUCUUCAGCCAGUUUACUGUUUUGACUCAUUUUGAUGGUGUUCUUACUGUCUUUAUUUAUGCACACCUUUCACUGGGGAAAAUACAUUUGCUUUGAAACAAAUUGGUAGUAAGCAGUCUCUGCAGGAUUGCGGUUCUCAACUUUCUCUACUUGGAUCUGAAUGGAAUCUUGCAUAGUCGGAAAGUUUUUUUCUUCUGUGAUUGUUUUGUGAAGCUGUGUUAAUUGUCAAACACAAAUUUCGAUCAGUUCUCUCACUGUGUCUUUAAAGCAAAUUAAUAUUAACUGUCUAUGUUGUCACACAGAUUAUGCUUAAUAAAACUCUUUCACCGA